UUCCUGUAAAGCGAACAAAACCAAACCAAUGAGCAUCAGCCGCUGACCUCUGUGACGUCACCACCGCAACCACAUGCGGAAGAGAAACUUGUCGGCAGGAAAAUAAUGGAAGAAAUCUGGAACAACAACUCGGCCGUGGCUCCUCUGAGUGCGGAGGACUGCGUCAUCUGCCUGGACAGGAUUAGGGAGAAGAAAACGCUCAAGUGCCUUCAUUCUUUUUGCUCCGAGUGUAUCGAGUCGGUGUUCCGGUUGAAGCCCGCCUGUCCCAUAUGCAACACCUACCACGGAGUGUACACGGGGACCCAGCCGGAGGGACAGAUGCUGGUGACCAGCAGCUGGCAAAGCCUGCCGGGCUUUGAGGGCUGCGGAUCUAUUGUCAUACAGUACAGCUUCCCAGCAGGGAUACAAGGGCCGGAGCAUCCAAACCCUGGGGUGAGGUACAGCAGGACCUCUCGCACUGCCUUCCUACCAGCCUGCGAGGAGGGUCAGAAAGUCCUGAAGCUGCUGAGGAAAGCCUUCGACAGGAGACUCAUCUUCACCAUCGGACGAUCCGUCACCACGGGCCUCAACAACGUCAUCACCUGGAACGACAUUCACCACAAGACCAGCAUGCAGGGAGGCCCACAGGGUUUUGGAUAUCCAGAUCCAGAUUACUUGGCCAGGGUUCGAGAGGAGCUUCGUCUUAAAGGAGUGACAGAGGACGACUGAUGGGUGAACAUGCCCUUCAAACAGACUUAAUACUGUGUACUGUUACAACGUUCCUUAUUUCCAGCCUGCACUUUUUGCAGCGCUCUUGCAGGAAUCUUCAUCACUGACACUUGAAGAUGUUUUUUUUUGUGAAGUGCUUCAACGGCAUGAGCAAUGGAGGUUUCCCAACUGUAACUCGACUAUGCAAAAAUUGCUUUAAACGUGAUCCAAACCAAUGAAUCAAGGGUCACAGCACAGUGCGUUUUGUAGAAGAGGUUUUGCUGCUGACCAUCACAUUUCAGUCAUAUAACUACGCCGCAUCCCGCUGUUUAGCUGUAGCACAUUUUUAGAAGCAGCUGGUAUAGAUGCUUGCAUCAACAUUGAGUUCCAACUAUAGCUCACACUGAGUGAAUGCACAUGAAGGUUUGUAAAUGUAUGGGUCAGGUUUUGCAGAGAAGCGAGAAACAAUGAUGUGACAUUGUUUUAGGUUGUAUAUAAAGAUAAUUUUGGUGAUGCUGCAUAUUUUUGUUGUCAACAAAUCACAUAAAAACUAGUAAAAGACUGUCAAGCAUGGCCUGUGGAGCCAAAGCCCAUACAGUAUGUAAUUUAUUCCUGUGUGCCGUCGAGCUUCAUUGUUCUUCAAAAACCAGUAAAACACGGCAGUGGGUGGAGUGUUGCUUUGUUGCAUUGAACAAGGUCAUUGUAGUUUGUUUUGAAAUGAUCCCACAUGCAUUACCCUGCUGCCACAAAUACACAAAAUCCUGGUUUUAAAACACCGUAUAUACACUGAGAAUACUGUAUUCUCUGGUUUGAGAACCAUUUGCAAACCACUAUGGAUAUUUAUACUAAAGAUAUAUUUGUUACACGAUUUAAAAAAUCUGUCUCCAGCAUGAGGCUCCGACACACGCUCAUUGUUGGAUUUUGUGUUUUUAUGAGAUUUGUUGACAAAUUACAGACCCACAUUCGUUUGUUUUGUGCCUUCACAUGACAUCCGUUAACAUUAAAGAAAGUGUCAAACAAAAGGAGGGUCAGGAGCCCUGUGAAUUCACAAGUCCACUCAUGUAAUUAUCAAGCUGUGUAGUCUAAAAAUGUCUUUGAUAUUUUUUUGCCUUUUACCCAUCUGCUCCACUAGAGGGCGAUGCUCCCCUCAGAGAAGCCCGUGUGAUGGCGUCUGCUUGGUAUGCAGCUCUAUCAUCAUCACAAACCCACAGUCCCGCAGCACCUCCCAAACCUCAUCGCCCAAAGUCAGUGAGAGGAGCAGAGCAUCUGCUACAGAUGAUGAGUCAUGUGUUUCUAUGGUGCUCGGGGCAGUUUUAGCAGCAGCAGCAGCAGCAGCAGCGUAUACUGUAUAUGUGACAUAGGGAGGCCACAUUGUGUUUGACCACACUGACUUGCUAAUCUCUGGUUUGACUGAUGGCGGUGUAAGUACUGUUGAGUGGCUAUUUUUAGAUUUGGAGACGACACAGGUGCAGUUUAAAGAUUUAAGACUUAAGAAUUCAAGGUUCUCUUUCCCGUCGGAGCUAUUUUGCACUUUACAGAGCAGGUCUGUACUCGUAUGUUAAAUGUGUAACAAGUGUCCCAGACAUCACAAAUACACCCGGAAAUAUAGCAAACUGAGAGGUGCUCUAUUGUCUCAGACCUGUUUUCCUGCAGCAGUGAACGACUAAAGCUCUGCGUACGUUUGCUUUUACAAAUGAAUAUGCGUAAUAUCCAUCUGAUCGUUUUUCUCAGGGGCUGCAGUGGAGUUAUUGGACGAGGAAAUACCUUUAACCCAUAUUUCUACCGUUAAGAGAGCACAUGUGACGAGGCGGAGUUACUGGGCCUGGCCUCUUUAGCGCUCUGGUGUUAGCGUCUGGGGGCAUUUCUGUGGCCUAGGAUCUCAGGGCAUCUGCUGCUCUCACAAAGCAGACCAGGACCCAUCUGCUCAAACUUACCAACCCCUCACCCCCCCCAUCUUUCAUUUUCUGCCAUAAAUCAUCAGUGAAAUCCAUCCAUUUCUCAUCAUCAUCAUCAUCCAUCUUUCCAUCACUUCCCUGUUAACUGUCUGGUCAUUAUAGGAGUUAUUUCCCUUUGUGCUGUGCUGCGUAAAUGGAAAGCAUCAUUAUUUCAUUACAUAUUUUCAGAUGUUGUUGUCAUUUGUAAACAAACUCUUUCGUUUUGUAGCAGAAUGUGAGAAAGACAACUGUGAGCUCAGUGCAGGAAACAGAGCAGUAAUGUGGAUUGGAAAUACAACAAUACUGCAGCAAUAUAGAGCGGAAACUAAAACAUGUCUGUGACAAAAUUUAUUUUCAGUUCAGUGGAUGUAACCUACAUUUGAACAUAAAAAUAUUCCAUUCUUCAGGAUUGUUUCCAUAAGAACUCAUACUGCAGACAGUGUUCCUUGAGGCAUUAUUGUUAAAAUGCAAAUCAUAUUCUCGAUUAAACUCAAAUAGAAUUACACCA